AAACUCAGCUGUUUGUUGAUAUGUGUAUAAAUGACAGAAUGAAAGCUGUGUACGGUAUAGGUUGAUAUAUUAAUUCAACCAUGAACGAUGAAAUUAAAUGUACUCUUUUUCGAGUUCCUGAGACAGCUGAAGAUUUGAGAUUAUCUCACGAAAGAAAUAUAGCGCUGAUUCGCAAGCAGUGCACUGAAAUAGAAAGUUUGAAACAAGAGUUAGAUGCUGUUGUUACGGAACGUGAUAUGUUGCUAUGUGAAGUUAGUAAACUUAAGUUUGAAUUUGAAAUAAGCAAUUUGAAAAGGUUACGUGAUGGAAGUGCAAGUGGUAUGAUUGACGACCAAGGAAUGUCUGAUGCCCAAACAAAUGACAGGUUUUAUGUUUCAAUUGGAGGCUUCCAUCAUAAAGAUGAGAGGUCUUCCUGUGGUAAUGGGUUACCACUUUCACCUGUUAUUAGAAGUCACCAUUUACACAAGAGUUCUGUGUGUGAUGGGGGUGAAAUCCUCAAACGUUCUCGCAACCAAGCAGUGUACGAGCUUUCGCAAGAUCUUUUAGAUAAGCAAAUUGAAAUGUUGGAAAGAAAGUAUGGUGGCAUGAAGGCUCGUAAAGCUGCUCUUACCAUUCAGAGAGCAUUUCGCAGAUAUACAUUGUUAAAGAAAUUUGCUACUAUUACAGCAAUGGCCAAAGUAGAAAACAGGUUGAGUCGACGUCUCCAAGGCGUUGGUGAUAACGGAGAACGUUUUGUGGAUUCGGAUAGUGCUGUCAGGAAUAAUUUUGCUGGUCUUUACCAAGAGCUACGGCAAGAUUCCCAGCCACGAGCAUUUGUUCGUUCUUUGCCAUUGCGAUCCAUGUCAUUACGUGAGAGAGAACGAAGAAAUUUGGAAACUGCAGCGUUACCUAGAAGUCAGUCUAGUCGGUGUGAUAUGACGAAAGCAACUCAAGGUGAAGCUUAUAGCUCAAGAAUUUUCUCUCCAUGUCAUUGUUAUUCAGUUCAUCAGCAUCCAUGGGACUCACUGCAGUACUACAUGCAACACAAGCAGUUUGUAGAUUCUCUUGAGGGUGGACAUGCUUCACUUCUGAAUAGAGAAUCAACACUAAGGAAAACUAUUGCUUCAUUGCCUCACUUCCAGAAUACAGUAGCUUGGGCAGUCAAAUCGAAUGUCAGUCAAGCACGUCCGUGGAACCAAAGUCAAAAGAUUCCUCCUGAGGUUCCUAAACGAACAUCGUCUAUUUCAUCAAGGUCUAAUGAAACUCGUCAUCAUCGUAUUAAUGGAUUGAAUAAAACAAGAGACAGUGGUAGUCUAUCAAGUGUCCAAUCAUCAGGUAGCGACAGCAGUUUGUCAGCGGAUAGAAUCACGUGUGAAAGCCUAGAAGCAGAAAGCCACAGGUUUUCACCUAUAUGGAAACGAAAAGAUGAGUCAAGUUCACCAAGUCACCAGCUAUCAUCUGAGUGUCACAAGGAUCUUAACCAUUCAAAUAGUAGUGUAACUUACCAGCAUCCCUUUCAAGAACACGUAGAAAGCCAAAGACAAAGCACAAUAUACAAGGUUUCAGAAACUUUAAGGAAGAGACAGUAUAGAGUUGGCCUCAACUUAUUUAAUAAACGACCUGAGAGAGGUAUUAGUUACCUCAUAAGACGUGGUUUCUUAGAAAAUUCACCACAAGGAGUAGCAAAAUUUCUGAUAACAAGGAAAGGUCUAAGCAAACAAAUGAUUGGAGAAUAUUUAGGAAACCUACAGAAUCCUUUUAGUAUGGCUGUUCUCGAAUGUUUUGUUCAGGAACUGGAUCUGUCUGACAUGCAUGUGGAUAUGGCUUUGCGUAAAUUUCAAACAUAUUUUCGCAUGCCUGGUGAGGCCCAAAAAAUUGAACGUCUGAUGGAAGUGUUUGGUCAGCGUUACUGUCAGUGCAAUAGAGACAUAGUUAUGGGGUUCCGGAGCCCAGACACUGUAUUUGUUCUUGCCUUUGCCAUUAUCAUGUUGAAUACAGAUCUUCAUACUCCAAAUCUAAAACCAGAGAGAAGAAUGAAGCUAGAAGAUUUCAUUAAAAACCUUAGAGGUAUUGAUGAUGGUGCGGAUAUUGAUCGUGAUAUCUUGGUUGGUAUAUAUGAGAGAGUCAAGUGCAAUGAAUUUAAACCAGGAUCUGAUCAUGUGACUCAGGUUCUGAAAGUUCAAUCUACAAUUGUUGGGAAAAAGCCUCCUCUAGACACAUUUCACCAACUACCCUCAAUACAGCCAAGUAGGAAGUUACAUUUUGUGCCAAACAUGGCACUUCCUCAUCGCAGGUUAGUGUGUUAUUGUCGCCUCUACGAAAUUCCUGAUAUUUAUAAGAAAGAGCGUCCAGGUGUUCAUCAGCGUGAAGUGUUCCUCUUUAACGAUCUUCUAGUCAUUACAAAAAUUUUAAGCAAAAAGAAAAGUUCAGUUACCUACACAUUUCGACAAAGCUUUCCUCUUUGUGGUAUGGUCAUCACUCUUUUUGAAGUUCCACUGUGCCCGUUUGGAAUUCGUCUUUCGCAGCGAGUUGAUGGGAAGGUCCUGAUUACCUUUAAUGCAAGAAAUGAACAUGAUCGCUGCAAAUUUGCAGAGGACUUGAGAGAAUCAACAAGUGAAAUGGACGAAAUGGAAAAUUUGCGCAUUGAUGCGGAGUUAGAACGUCAAAAGAGUAGUAGAGGGUGCCGGGGAAGCGCGGAAAAUCGUGACAGUGGUGUGGCUGAUGUGGAAGUGUGUCCUUGCGUUCAGUCAAGCUUUGGACAUGGAACAGAUAGUUACCCAGAAUCAGAGACUGAACAUCACUCCACAGAAAUUGUACUUAAAAGAUCAGCUUUGAGUAAUUCUCUUCUUGAUAUCCAUGAACAAUCAGGUGUUGGCCAUCACCGGAGAAGCAGUAUGGGAUCAUUAGACAGUGGAAUGUCAGUUUCCUUCCAGCCAGCUAAUGUCGAUGGCGCAUCAAGUAAAACUCCAUCUCUCACCGAUCAGGGUUUAAAAUUAGUGACAAAGCGGCAAUUUUAUGUUGGAAACACAAGUGUCAAGAAAGAUUAUAAACAAGUUUUCUCAGAAAAUGAGUCUCGCUCUGAUAAUUAGUCAGUAUUAUCAUAAGUGUUUUCCUUCGUAGAAACCAGAAACAACAGCUUUCAAGCGACGCAUUUAUAAAGUGUUAAAUAAUAAUUUUUUCUUCAUAAAUUGUUGUGCUACAAAAGAAACUCUCAAUAUGUAUAAAUUUCUAAGGAUUUCUUUUAUUUUCAUCCUUUAAGUUCCUAAUCAAUUUAUGUUUCUAGGUGUAUACAGAGUUUUUUUUAUAUGAUAUGCACAUUAACUGCUUAUUGCAGAAAGGCACCAGUCACUUCUUAUCCGGACAUGUGAUUAAAUGGGAAAAAUUCUGUAAAUACUUGUAAAAGUGCUCUUGUUGAUAAUUUGUUUAGUUUAACCAUUAGUUAUGAUUUUUUUCAUCUAUCACUAUAUAAAGAUAUUUUGACAUGCCUCUCAGAGGUAUGUUACUGUUAAAACAUAUUAUUUUUAUAUAGAUUUUAUUUUUUUUGUAUUAAUGAUAAUUAUUUUGUAUAUAAGAAAAUUUAUUUAUUUUGUUUGUGUUAAAAAGAGUUACCAAAACCAAAAAACUGACACUUUACAAUGCCAGUCAAAUAUUUUGAUUGACUGUAGUGCAAGGAACAAAAUAAACUGUACAGGAGAGUAAGAACUUAUGUAUGUCACUUGGUUAUGAACGGGGAGGCUGACGAUGAUUGCCUAGUUUAUUGUGAGCCCUAAACCACAAGCACUGACCCGGCAUGUAAAUCGUGAACCAUGACUUGUCUGACCUCAUCAGAUAAUAGUGUGUCAGUGUUCCCGGCCACUAAACACACACGAGAGGUUAAGGCUCUAGCUCACACACCAUGUUGGUUAGUUCAGUUUCUUGUCUAAAGGCUAUUCCUGUAAAUGUAUCACGGUUGCUUUCUUGAAUUGUGUGUUUCAUCAAAAAAUUGUUUCCAUCAGAUAUUUUUUAAGUAUAAUCUGAUAGUGGUAAAAAUUUAUGUAGCUCUUCAUAAUUAUGAUUGCUUCACUUGCAUGAUAUUUUACAGCUUGCAAAAAAUGUUAAGUAAAUAUUUGGUAAUAAAAUCUGUGAUGCAAAAGAGCUUUAGUAAUAAAUCAAUAUUAAAGGCCCGUAAACCAAAGAAAUGUAAUAAAACUGAAGUGAUCAAUAGGAUGUGUGUGAAUGAGCCUUAAGCACACAAACAGUUCUUGUUGUGCUUCAUAAGCUUUCGGUGAAGAUUCCUAGUCAAGCGAGAGACAGUGGAUGAGAGUUAUGAGCACCAAGAUGAAGGAAAAAUUACUAAUGGCAAGGGAUGUAAUUUUACAAGGAAGAUAAUAUUGAACCUUUUCAAAGAUCAACUGUAGUAGCAACUUAAUGAAAUUUUUAGGAUUGGCAAAACAAGCACUUGAUUAAAGUGGUAAAAAAUGUUAAUUAUGUAGCAUAUAAUGGAACUAUUUUUGUUAGUACAGUAGAAUUUACUUUGAACCUGAAAGGACUAAGAAUAAAUUUUGAACUAACUGAAAAUUCAAAUUAAGGAAAGGAAAAAAUAGAUUUUUCUGUCAACUACUUCAAUUUUUCAGAACCGUCCUUAUUUGCUUCUACCAAAAGUGUUAUUUGAUUCUUACUGACAUUGCAGUGCUCAUUCUUAAAAGUCAGAAUUUAGUCUUAAGUAAACUUGAAAACAGUACCGUUGCAUUCGGGUGAAAUGCAGUUGAGGAUUGGAAAAUGGGCAUGAUGGGACGGUCACAUAAUUAUACGACUGGUGUUGAGCAACGUUAACACACAUUAAAGGUAUCUAACUUCUUACUGUUCAACUCUUGUCUGUCAAGCCAAUCAGAUGGUCGCAAUGUGUUCUCAAUUGUGUAACAUGGUUAUGCUGAACUGCCUGAUAUUACAAGCAAAAUCAUCAUCAAUAUCAUCAUCAUCAUCAUCAUCAUCAUCAUCAUCAUCAUCAUCAUCAUCAUCAUCAUCAUCAUCAUCAUCAUCAUCGUCAUCAACUGCUUCCAGCCUGUGGCCGGGUCAGCAAAGUAAAAUGCCUCCAUUUCCUUUGUUCCUCCACCAUUCCUCAUCCUUCACUUUACUCCAAUCUUCUCCUCUCUCCUGCACUCCUUUAACUAUCUGCUCUUCCCAUCUCCUCCUUAAUCUUCCUUGGGGUCUUUUUUCUGUGUACAUUUUCGUAGGCAGCCUCUUUGUUUUCCAUUCUCUGCACAUGUCCCUACCAUCUCAUUCUUGCUUCUUCAAUGAUCUCCUUCAAAUCUUGUACUCCUGCUCUUGCUUGUACAAUCUCGUUCCUGAUUUUUUCUCGCCUUGUAACUCUCAACAUACUCCUCAUAUACUUCAUUCCUAUUGCUCUGAUCUUCCCAGGAUCUCUCUUGUCAACAGUCCAAUUCUCUGCUCCAUAUGUAACUAUGGGCACAUAGUAGAUGAUGUACAACACUUGUUUGCACUUUAAUAGCACCUCCCUCUUCCAUACCAAAUCUCUCACAUCCUGUAGAAUACAUCCUCUUGUUGCCCUCGCCUUACCAUUUCCUCCUUGUUUUUUUCCCCUCCCUGAAAUACGUUUUCUAGAUACUUAAAGGUUUCUAUCUGUUUUAACUCAACACCAUCUAAUUGAAUGCAACACCUAACUCCAUUUUAGUUCCUUGUCAUGACCAUCACUUCACUCUUUGUAGUGCUCAAUCUCGUGCCAUACUUUCUCACUUUCUUUUCACCCCAUACCAUCAAAUCAUCAGCAAACAGCAUGGCCUUCAUCUUUCCUUCUCCGAUAUUUUUGUCCACUCUCUUCAUAAUGCUCUCCUAAACAAUAAUAUUCAACAAUGGGACAAUGCACCACCCGGCUUCGCUUCUUCCAUAGCUUGCCAAACACACUGUCUUUUCACACUGUCAUAUGCCUUCUACACAUCCAGGAAUAGCAUCACUAGAUCUUUCCCAAAUUCAUGUCUUCUCUCCAUCAGUUGUCGAGUGGCAAAAAUCAAGUCUAUAGUAGACCUCCCUUCUCUAAACCCAUGCUGCUCCUCACGCUAUUUUCCUGCCAUGCCCUUCCUUAUCUUCUUUUCCAAGAUCUUCUCAUACACCUUUGCACAGUGGCACAUCAGAAUGAUACCACUAUAGUUCUCACAUAUUUUCCUGUCUUCUUUCUUAAACACUGGCACUAUUACCCCUUUACUCCAGUCCUCUGGUAUGUAGUUUUCUUUCCAAACACCCCUCAUCGCUCAAUACAGCCAAUGAAUUCAUACUUCUCCUGCUGCUCUUAUCAUUUCUACUGUUAGCUCAUCUAUCCCUGGAGCUUUGCCAUUCUUCAUCCUUUUCAGUGCUUCCUCUACAUCUUUCCAUGUGAUAUCAUCAUCCAACUCAGAAAAUACUUCCUGCUCAUCUGUUUCUUCCUCAUUCUCAUUACCAUCUAGAUUUAGCAGCUUUUCAAAAUAAUUAUUCUAUAGUACUUUUCCUCUUCUUCCGUCUCCACCAUUCAGUCAACAAAUGUUAACAAAUGUUAACAAAUGACCACCGCAUCACAUAGUUGAACCCAAACAAAGUAAUGUUUUUUUGCAUUUUUCUUUACAACUUUUUUCUUGUGUGUUAUCAGGAUAUAUAGUUUUUUUUUUGUAGUCUUUCUCAUCUUGCUUUUAGUGUCUUAGCAUCCCAUUCAUUUCCUGUACAUUUUAUUGUUUGGAUUUUUAUUUUGUACCCCACUUGCUUUAUCAUUUAUUCACACAUUCUUCCACUCUUGGAUGUUUUAGUUAUUUAGUUAUUUUGGUUCCCCCCCUUUUUUUUCCCCUUUAUUGAACCUACGUUGGUGCAUGAGCACCUUACUUACAAUAGUAUAAAAUUUUUAUACACUUUUGGGAAAGAGUUGAUGUAGGACCAAACAAAAAUAUAUUUGUACCCAUAAAUUUACCUAAUGAUUGAUUUUUAUGAGUCUCGUGAACAAAAUUAUCUAUUUUUCUUGUAAGGAAAUACUAUUUUGUUUAAAGGGUUGAAGGUCUGCUCAGCGUAUGGUCUCGCUACGGAAGUUAAUAAUGGGCGCCUCCAUAUGUAAAGAGCACACGGACCCGGAGACCCCUCUCAGGGUGUGAUGUAGUCCGUGUGGGAGCGAGAUUCUGACCCUCUUAGUUUUUUGAACAUAACUUGCCAAGACCUGGCUCGCUCUCUGUGUCGGGCACGCUUGCACCUGUGUAAGACUCCAGUGGGCUCUUAGGGUGUCCCACACACCCACUAACAAGAGAUGGUCGACACGUGGUCAGAAGAGAUUUUUUCAGAAUUUACACGCUCUCGUACACGUAUUUACUUAAUAAGCAGAGAAAAAGCCCCAAGGCACGCAUUGGUUUACACACAUGGCCACACAAAGAUGUUAGGUAGUUGGUGAUUAAAGACUCAUUAAAGAGUUAAUAAAUCAAUUAUUUAAGCAGCCCACCGGCCGAGGUAAGCCCCGAGGACAAACGCAAAUGGUUUGAAAGACUUAAAUACAUGACCGGAAACUACUUAUCAGUACUGCAAGAUUUGAUGUACCGGGAUGCUGGUGUGUGUACUCUCGGCCGGCGAUGACGAUGGACUGGAGCGAGAGGCAUCGUUACGUUACUGCAUUUACGUGCCAAGGGUUAGUGGGCAAAAGACACAUAAAACACUUCUUGUGGCUUGGUUGCUUAAUAACAUAUAGAAAUUAAUAUUUUAGUGUUCAAAUAAAGUCUGACUUCGGCUGGGCUCGGGAGUGCUUGGCGCCGUCUUAGUGUUGGGAGUAUAAUUAUAUAAAAAUUACUAAACAAAACUUCUCGGCCGGUCCGCUGUAACACAAAACCUUUGGGACAAAUUUAAUAAAGGUUUACAAUAUAAUUUAAGAUUAAUUAAGGGAGCACAGCACUGAUGCUAGGGCGCCCUCUUGAGGUAGUUCGUGGUGCAGUGUUUGAACUCGCACAAUUACAUACGUGGGCGGUACGAAUGCCGGGAAGCAGUGGUUAGGUGCGAGACAGGAAGAAACAGGGAGCGGUGUCUGACCAGGCUUAAAGUGUGAAGCCCCAGUCAAUGUCAAGGUGAACAUUGUUUAGUAAAAUGAUAACUAGUUAUAAUUAGGGGUGUGCGGGAUCCCGACGCUUCGGGAAAAAAGUCGGGAAUAUAGGCUUCCCGAAAUGCCGGGCGGGAAUUUUAUUACUCCCAAAUUUUUUGGGAAAUUGUUUAAAAAUUUAAAAAUGUUUACUAAUCAUGUGAAAAUGUUUUCUAUCAAUUCAAACUGUUUUUACAACAAUAUUUUUUAUGGAUUUGUACAUUUUUGAAGGGUUUCCGUACUAUUUAAACGCAAAACAUCUUUUAAACGUAUGCCGAUCGUAGCGACAGCUGUGGUGUGCAGUGAAUUAUGAUAAUCGUUUACACAUAUAUAAUUGGAAUGUAAAAAACGUACAUGGAGUAUCUUAAAUAUUGUAUGCGUUCAUAAAUAUAUUUCUUCUAGGGUACAAAUUUGCAGAUACGUGAAUAGUCAGUUAUAUAACGUUAUUGCCGUCACCAUCGAAUACUUAACCUAAAACCACUGUGUCCCCUUAGACACAAACAAAACACAUGCGCAAUCCAACCUUUUCGCCAAAGAUAUAAGAAAUACUAGACUUGCGUUACAUAACGAAGCGUAACCGUUCUCAUUACUUGAUAUUAGUGGCGAUGUAGAGAACUGUAUUGGCACUUUGAAAAAUAUGAAAUCACGUAGUUUUACACCACUGCUCACGAGUAUCUAAACAUCUAUGAUUUUGCUUUGGGAGAAAAAAAUAGUUGUUUACUGUUUAGUUUGACGGGCUUUGUCGGCUGACGUUACAUUAUUAAGGCUUGUGCAAAGUAUCUGUUCCUAUUUUCGAUGCCAUUGUACAUUAAAACAAACUAGCAGCCUACAAAUAAUAGAUGUCGCAACCGAUCAUCUUGUUACUUGUACACCUAAAAGUGUUUAGAAGUAUUUUGAACGUCUGACAGACAGUAAAUCCCUGGCAAAGUAUGUCUCAUGUGAAAAUUUUUUUUGAGAUGCGAGCAUGGUACGUCUGGCUAUAAAAAAAGAAUUUGAGGAUGCUAAAAAAUAUAAAGUCGCCGCUGAAAAAAGGACAAGUGAAGCAGACAAAAGAAAUAGCAGAAAAAAAAAAACAACUAACUUUGCAAGAAACGUUUAAAUGGCCAUCUUCUCAUAUUAUAAUUAAAAUUUUGCUUUUUUUUUUUUUAAUUUUUCCGAUCCCGUCCCGUUUCCCGCGGGAAUAAUUUAUUUUUCCCGAAAAUUUCCCGCAGUACAAAAACCUAUUCCCGCACACCCCUAGUUAUAAUGAUAUAGCCAUUAAAUAUUUAAAAAUUAAUAAAAACCCACACUACAGCUAAGCCAAAUUUCACUGUUUACAAGUAAAUGAGUGUUUAUUAAUAAAAAGGUAACAGUAGGGUUUUAUAUCCCAUGGUUUUGUGCAAAGGUGUAAUGAGACAAGACAUUCCAAGAUUUUUAUAGUAUGCUUGGAACCACUUGGGUACUUACUUGGUGCUCAUAAUUGCGCCAUGCCAUGUUUUUAGUGAAAGAGUUAUAAUAGUUAUUUUUAUUGAUGUGAAAUUGGCUGUGCAAAAGUGCAUAUAUAAGAAAUGAUUAUAGGCCUAAAAAAGUAGGUGUUAUUUCUUUAUGAAAUGGUUUUUUUUUAGGUGAAAUACAUAGGGUUUUUUUUUUUUUCAGGCUUGAUGUGGCAAUCAUGGUUUUAAAUGUUAAUCAGAGCAAACAAAAUCUUGUGAAAUAUAUGUGAAAAAUUAUUACCAGAUGCCAGUUUGCAUCAAUUAUAAUGAGAAUGGAAGUAAUUUAUAAAUCCCCUAUUUACUGCUUUCUAUGAGUUUCAUAUUUGGAGGUUACAGUUUAAAUUCAUCCAAUAUCAAAUUUUUUUUCUUGCUAUAAAAAAGUAACUAUAAAAUUAUGCAUGUAGAAAGGAUUAAAAACUAAUUUCAAUAAAUAUUUUUUAACAAUUAUUGUUACAUUAUACUCCAAUGUGAUUUUAGUAUUGAAGUUUUCUUUGUAAAAAAUAUUUUGGUUUUUAUGAAUGUGCCCAACACAAUAGAGAAACAAAAAAAUAGGGUUAAAAUGUCUUAGCAACCAAAUGAAUUCAACUGGAAUUUGAAGGAAUAGUUACAAUAAUUAGUACAAAUUCAAUCAAUGUUCUAUACAUAUAACAAAAUCAUUUACUCAAGAAAAUGAAAAUUACAUUAAUGUAAUUACAUCAAAACUUUUUUCACAUUUGUAAUUGGCUAAUUUAAAAAAAGUAGUGCAACCAAGGUGUCAGUCAAUAUCAUUGAGUUAAAAAAUGUGGGAAAACUACAAAAAUAAUGCCAGUUACGUAUUUCAAUAAUGUAAAUAUAUAUUAUAAUAACGAUACAUUUUUAUUAUUGAUAUAUAAAAUAUAAUAUAAAGAAGGAAUUUAAAUUAAUUCCUUGCAAUUGUUUCAAAAGCAUCGUGAAUAGCCACUUUAAAUUUAAAUGUUGAAAUCAGCAUUUUACAUUUGAAAAUGCCAAAAAUAGUAUUAUUAUAAACAUUACAGCAUUUGCUAAUUUUUCAGUUCUCUAGUAAUAAUUAACCCAAAAGUGAGCUAAAACUUUAUUGCAAUCUGAAAAACAUACCUGUAAUGAAAACAUGUGAUAGUUAUAAGAAAAUGUUACAUUUAGUACCUAAAUUAAUUAUUUUAACAGCCAAGUGAGUUCCAACUAUGUAAAAUGAUUGCAAGAUAUGGAGGUAAAAAUAAUUAACAACAUGAAAAUUAGCAAAAUUUAAGUCAUGGCACUAAACCAAAACCUUUAAUGACCUUUAUGUGUUUAACUAGUAAUGAUAAAUUAAGACAUUAUUAAUAAGGCAAUAUUUAAAAAAAUAGGGCUUUUUAGGAUUGCAGUUAUAAAUAAGAGAUUUGAUUGGAAAGUUUUAAGACUUGGCUUGUCAUUUCAAAAUGGCAGAUCUCCUCCAAACUAGUCCCCUUCUGACUGAAAACAUCAGCUCUACUUAUGGAAGUAUUCUUGGAAAUCUUGAUUCUUAUGGAAUUAAGAAUCCUGUCUCUGUUUGCCUGAAUGUCUUCAAUCUAAUAAAAUUGAUUCCCUUUCAGGGUAAGUUUCCAUUUAGGAAACAGGUCAGUCAACAAAGCCAAAUCAGGGAACUGGGGGUUGUGGAAGCAAGCACAGGAAUGAAGAAUUUGGCCUAAAAUUCCCUGAUGGAGAGAGCUCAAGCCUAGGCGUUUUCAGAGUGCACGACCUUUCUUCUGCACGUUUUCCCACAAACGCUCGAGGACACUGUUAUAAUAUUCCUGGUUGACUGUCUGUCCACCAGAGGUACAUUCAUGAUGCACAAUACCGCAGAAUCUAAAACACCACGAACAUCGUCUUCUCAUUAGACUGAAUUUGUUAUGUUUUUUUUCAGCUCAGACAUUCAUCCGCAAAAGCUUCUUUUACGAGUUCAUAAGUAGCUUAAUCUGAUUUUAUAUUUUAAAACAAAAUAACACACAACUCAUUCUGUUUUUUUUCAUCCAUUUUACACAAUCAAUAUUCUGCAGUGAACAGAAAACACUUCUUCACUCACCACAGUGACACACACUGCUGAAUAAAAAUAUUGCGGUUAUCUUGUCGUACCAUGUCAAGGACAAAACACUUUGACACUCGCAGGCAAACCUAGAAAACCUAGUCCCUCCUAUUGAGAUGUGGUGGCACCUGUCUUUAAACUUUCCAAGCACACCGGGUGCUGAUUAACAUAAAAGUUAGCUAAACCACAAUUGCAAAUCUACUGACACAAAAUUAUUUUGGUGUUUAUUAUAAAUCAUUUCUUUGUAAAAAAAUAUCAAUAUAUUAGGACAUAGGUUUGUUCUAGUAAAUAUAUAAAACAAUUGCAUGUGAAGCAGAUAUAUGCCGACAGAUAACAAGCUGAAGCUUACAUUAGCACACCUGUUUAAGAUGAAAGUGUUCCAUAAGUCAGUGCAUAUCUGUAGUAUAAUAGUAUAAUAUAAAACUAAAUGUUAUUUUUCAAAUGUAUGUUUCAUCUAAUUCCUUAUCAUAUGAUAAAUAAAAUAUUUACUAAAGUUAUUACUCCCCUGUCAAUUAAUGUGUGAUACAUUCAUUUUAGUGAAUAGUUAGUGGAUGUUAGGGUAUGUGUGUAUGUGUAAAUAGUUUUUAAAAUUAAAAGGAGGUGUUUUACUUUGCAAACUUUCUGCAGAACAGCUUAUGGCAACAGGAUUUAGUGCUGCCUUGCUACUCAUUAGCUAUUAGUUAAGAGUUAUGCCAGAUUGGGCAAAGACCCAUCUCGAUCUUGAUGUCACGAGAUUCCUCAUUCAUUCAUUACCACUGGUCUAGCUUACUAGACAAGCCAUGCUAUAGUUUUUUGAGCACUAUCGCUGAGAAGGUAUGAUAGAAAAUAAACCACCUUAUUAAAUUUCCAUAGUUACCCUCCUUUGUGCAGAAAAUUUGAUGGUCAAGUUACAUUUGCAUUCUCAUCUGCACUCUCAAAAUACCAGUAAUUAGGUAUUAAUUUUUUCAGACUUUAUUUUGCACAGUUUCAAUGCUUCAACAUUUUUCUUUAUUUCCCAAAUUUAUUAUUAAAUCUAUUCUACAUUUUCUAAUGAUGUGUGUUUUAAAGAUAAUUAAGUAAUUUUUCACAAAAAUAACAUCAAAUAAAGCUGUUGUACACUGCAGAAAAGUAUCCAAAACCAUUAUAAAAUGCCUGCCUACUCAACAUACAGUUGGAACUAAAGGGCAUCCCCGCUGCGACCAACUAUGCCUGUAGUCUUAUCUCAUGAACAGUCCUUUUUCUUUCGACAGCUAGUGAGUAGUAAUGCUCAACCAAAAAAAAACUUACAUUUCACGUUGAAACUUUGUAUCAGCCGACUAUGAGCCAGUGAAAUGUUGUUGGUAGCCUUGCCAAUCCUGUUUACCUCUAAUGACUUACAACAUACCAUUGAGGUCUACGUGACUGCAAAUGAAUCCUUAGAGUAGUAUAAAUAAAACUUUGUAAUAAAGCAACUAUUGCUGUUUCAAUUCAAAUAAUUUUUUUUUCUUUGUAAUCUUCUAGCAGACUUUAAUUUGUGGCCCCUGGUGAAGCAUUAGUAAAUAUUUUCCAUGUAGUCCCAGUUUUUGCUUGUAAUAAGCUAACAUAAGUUUACAUUAAUGAAAUAAUAAAAUAAUCAGCUUGUUUUAAUACAAAGUUACAGAGCUGAUCAUGUGUUGAGAGAGAUUUACGCGUACUGAAGUAAGAUACUAUGACAUAAAUACAAGUCUUUUAUGUCGGGAUUGUGAUUAGGUCAUUUUGUAUAAUAGUAUUAAUUUUUAAAGUUAAUAAUUUGUAUCCAUCAGAAAGCCUGUAAGGAUGUGUUAAGUGUAACUGACUCAGUAUUAGUUCAAACAUUUUUUUCUUGAAGUAUAGAAUGUAGUUAUUUCUAUGAAACUACCAUUGCUUUCAAGGUUGAGCCACGUCAAGUGGUAGACUGUGGCGAUGUUUAGCUCUGCAUUACAGCAAGUAUCUUCAGGGUUGAGAAAUCAAGUGAUAGCUAGAAAGAAGUAAGGUUCUAUAUAUAGACUACUUUCUUGUUUAAUGAAGUUGUACCGGUAUAUUUUGUAUUAAAGAAUUAUAAGCUUAUGUUCCCUAAUAACAUCUAUUAAUAGAAUCAAUUAAUGUAUUCCUUAGAACUGUACGGACAGUUAUGCAUCAUAUUUUUUUGAUCUAAAUCAAAUGUAUACCUAUUAAGAUUUCGCUUGAAAAUGAGUAUUUUGUUGUGUUCAGGGAAAAACUUGGUUUUAUUCUACAAAAUGAGUUACACACAAAAUAUCACUUAAGAAGGGUUGCAAACACCAUUCCCUGAAAUGCAAUUUAAUUAAAUUUUUCAUCCUAAUUAUAAUAAAUAGAGCUCAGAUAAUACAGAACCCCCAAAAAAUAUAGGAAUGGUUGGAAACUUAGCUUAAAGUGUGAAAGAAUCAUUAUUUAUGCUAUUGUAUUAGAUUCUGUAUAUGUUCUUUUAACAUUUUUUAUCCACUACAAUUUUAUGCCAUAGCCACUAAUAUUAUUUUUAAUAUUCUGAGCAGGUGUUGGCAGUCAAACUGUAAACAAACUACUUCACAGAAUGGUCAGAUAAGUGCAUUAUUUUUGGGAUGGCUUAUAUAAAUGACGUAGAAAAAAAGUUGCUCUAUGACCGGAAAUUUAAGUCUGCCUUGAAAGAACUUGAAUUUGAAGUCAACAUGUAUUCUGGAGCCUUUCAGUGCAAUAAGAAUUCAAUUUGUGUUGAGUAAAACUCAUUUUAAUAAAAAUAAAUACAUAUUGAGAAAUACAAAUGUACUCUAUAGCUAAGCUAGACCUUAAAAACCAUAAAGUUAUAACUAUUAUAAAAUUGUAGUUACUUGACAAAAAAAUAUGUUGUGUUUGUAUUAAAUCCAUUGUAUUUUUUGUUGUACGUACAAUAAUAAUACUGUAUGCAUGUGUCUCGUAUAACAAUAAACUAGAUUUUAAAAAUACUUAAUAAAAUGUUAAUUUAACAUUGUAAUACAGGUAUGCAUUAAUAAUAAUAAUAAUAAUAAUAAUGCCCAUCUAAAAUAAAUAUUAAAAACAUUACUUAAAUUAAGAAUUACAUUGUCAAAUAGCUGUUUUUUUUUUUAACUCCACAAAGUGUUGUCUGUUUUUACAUGUGUGUGUGUGUUAAUUAAAUGCUCAACACUAUUACCGUGAAAGGGUAAAUAUCUCAAAGCCGUGAAAAUUACUUUUAAAUGCAGUUUGUGCACAAUGGUGAUCUAAUGCUUCUCUAAAAAUGAUAUAUGAAAAACAAAUAUAAAUAUAAAAUUACAAUCAUAAUUCCUUUAUUCAUAUUUUAUCAUAUGAAUUGUAUUAAAAAUAUCUUAGGUAUUAUUUCACAAAAUUGUGCUUUUUACAUGCCAGUGGUCACAUGGUUGGUACAUGUGGAGAAAUUUCCUUACACAAUGUUUUUUCAGCUCCAUUUUGGUAUCAUUCAAUAUUAUAGGUAAUGAUGAUUGUGUUUUAUGUAAUACUCAUAACUUUUUAUGUAUUUUUUUUUUGUAUUUCACUAGUCUACGAGCUUAUAAAUACAAUUCAUUGAUCUGAAAAAAGGAAACAAUAAAGGAGCUGUAAUGAAUUAAGCAUUUGCAAGUUUAAUAAUUGUAACCUAUCAAGUAAAGUAUCCAUCCAUGUCAAUGUAAUAAAACAAUAAAAAUAAAGACUAGCAUUUAACACAGUUUUCAUGUAAGUUAAAUGAUACAGGAUAUUAUAUGAAUUGGUCAGAAAACCCAAUUGUCAGUCUUAUGAAAAAAAAUAUAUAUAAAUCAGGUUGUUAAAAAUAACAUGUUUACAAGCUUGUUUAACACUAACUCAACUAGGGGGAGAGAACCAAAAUUUAGAAUUAAGAUGUUAAAUAAAAAACAUAUUAAUAAAGUGUGAGGAAAAUCAUCAUAUAGUAAAUAUUGAUGGGUUAAUGAAAUGCAGAAUUAUAAAAUGGAACAUCACCAAAACUUAAUGCAUUGUACUCCAUUGAACCACAUAUGUGUGUGUCUAUUGUAGUAGUUUUUAGAUUAUUCUUGUUAAGGUGUAUCAAAUUUUCUAAUAAAAUACUUGUAACUAUCGCAAAACAUAUUUUCUUUUUAUGUAUAUUCUCAACUUUCGCGUGGAUUUUUUUUUCAACAAUGUUAACAAUGGAUUUGUCCAGAUUAAUCAUUCCUGAUUUGUGUAAAGCAUAUUUAUUCAUUCAUAGUGUUUGGAGUAAAUCAGCACCUUAAAUUAAUCACAUUAUCAGUGACUUAAGUUGAGUUUUUUUGCUGCAUUUAGGAUAUAAUUUACCUGUCCUUUUAUGAGUGGUUACAGAAUUGGCUUUAGUAAUAUUUGUUUCAGAUUUUGUGUCGACACAAUUUUGUGAUUGCUUGCAUGUGUGAAUCUAUGAGAGCAAUUUUUUAUAUAUACGUAAUGUUCUUGCAAAAUAAACUCUGUCUAAACAACUUCAUAUUUAUUUUACAGCUUUUAACCAAUUACUGGAAGUAGCUGAUAUUGUAAUUAUUAUAAUCAUCAAAUUUCAUAUCAACAGAGCUUUCAUUUUGGAGGAACAAAAAAAUAAAUUACACUAUUUCCCUGAUUUAAUAACUGCAUCCAUAAACACUACUUUUUUCUUAUGCAUUUUUUUGUGGCCUGCAAUUUAUUUAUUUUCACACUAUUUAGAACAUUUAAAUUACAAAGAUAAUUAAAAUGAAUGAUUUCCAUUACCAAACAUGAAUUUAAAACAAACAGAUAGGCAGCAUGAACAAAUAAACAGCCACGGGACAUAAUGACAUCUGUAAUUAUUUUUCAAAAAUAAUAACACCAAUUUUUCCACAAUAAGCUACAGAAAAUAAAAAAAUUGGACUAACAAGUGAAUGACAGCCAUUUCAUUAUAGGUUAUCUAUGAUACGUACAGUAAUAACCAACAAGUUACUAGUACAAAUAUUUUCAUGACACUCAUACACAAUGAUCAUACUCAGAAAACAUGUAAUUUUAUUGACGCACCUUUGCUCUCACUAAGAACUGGUGUAAGUUAUGUUAUUGACAAAUAACUUGCUUUCCUACAUGUAUUUAAAAGAAGUAUCUUACAAAAGAAGACUUUUAACUUAUGAUUCAGUUUUUACCUCUUUGUUUUGUACACUUUGCCCUAAGUGAGACAUCCUCACACUUCCAUUGCUCUUGCUUAAACAACAAUGAUGGCCGUCUUAUGUCACAAACUCACAGCCAAUAGUGAGUAAUUUUAUAUGUUUACUGCGAGGUUCAAAAAUUUAACAUAUUCAACAUGUAAUAUAAUGGAAACUAAAGUGUGCAUGAAAAUAAAUUUUUAAUGGCUGUAUUAUACUAAUUGAUUAUUUAAAUUGAUUUUCUGGGAAUCAUCCCUAUUGUCCACUUCGAAUUAACUUCAGGAAUUUGCUUCCUCUUUUAUAUCUCUGCAAUACUUAAACUGUACCAUCACUUUACCAUGAGUAUGUUACUCUUUUAAAAGCUAUCAAACUCUUAUCAGUGAUCAGACUUAUUUACUUCCAUGUCUCCUUUCUGCGCAUAGUCAGUUUUUAGCCGUCACCUAAAAGUUUUAUUUAUUGUACAUAAUGUUGCUCAAUCCACAUUUAAUAAACCAAAUAGGUACUAAAGGAACAUCUGUUCUAAGCACUAUUAAAAAGACACAAAUACAUUUCUUUUGCUUUCACCCCAAUCAGAUAAUGGUGCCAAUACAUUUUGCCCAAAUUGGUAAACUAUAGUGAUUCAAAUAAUAUUUACUGAAAUAAAUGCUUCUAUUCUCCUGAUGGAUUACAAUUUCACUUAACCUCUUCAAUUGAAGCCUGAGUAAUUUUUUUUCUGACUGGCUGCCAACAAAUUGGAUGAAAAUUGAUAACAUUGGGGUAAGUUACGGCCUAACAGCUGCGUUUUACUGGGAGUCUAAUGUAUGUAGCAAUACAUAACUUAAAAAAUAAUCAAUUAUCAAAAUUUUACUACAAAAACCAUUUUAUUUUUAUGCCUCUGUAAAAUAACCUUAAGAUGAGGAUUUCAUCCUUAUUGUCAGUCUCUACUAAACAUUAUUUUUAAAAGCUUCAAACAAAAAAAAAUGUGUUAAUACUGGUUGCUUAACACUUCACUUUACUUCAGGAGUAAGUUACAAAAUUUUUAUUUCUUAAAAAACAUUUAUAUGGCAAAACUAAAACUAAAACAUCUGUAAUGGUCUAGUACCAUAUGACCUAUAUUUACUUUAAACCUUUUUUUAAUUCAUGGAUUUAAACUCUACUUGGAAAUUUGUAAUUUUUUUUUUUGUUGCCUAUAUAAUGUCUGCAAUAACUUCUCCAAUAUAAACUUAAAAAAAUAACUUACAGGGUUUGAAAGUUUGUAUUUACUGUCUUUUAUAAAAAAUAACAUGAUAAAUACAUUGAGUUCAACAAUUUAAUUUUUUUUAUCAAAUAUUUCAUUUUAAACCAAUUUCAUAACUGGUUUGAACAAAAAUUUAUAUUAAUUGUUAAUCAUCAGUUUCUCCACACAAAAUAAUUCAUGAAAUCCUUAAUUUUAAAUUCUCUGUAGGUCAAAAUUUAUUUAAUAUAGUACUUUCAAAAACAUAUACUGUACAUAGGCUACUUAGUUCCAAUGUUUUAACUUCUUUAUGUAACUUAUGUGUAUUAAUGUUUUGGUUCCAACAAAUUUCCAUAAGUAUUUUGAAUAUCCUGAAUUAUUUGUUAUUUUACAAGAAAACUUUACUCAUCUUUCAGGAAUCAAUAAUUUGAUAUUCCACCAAAUUUUAAUUUCUGGUAGUUUAUUUUACCUGUGUUCAUUAAAUAUCAUUCACUGAGUCUUGCAUACUUUGAGGAAAAGAGAACUGAUUAAAUUAUUGAAAAAAAAUUUAAUUAGUUUAGCAAAAAAUAGGCCAUUUAGUUUUGGUUUUCCUUUGGAAAUACAUUUAAAAAUUAAAAAUUGGAGUACAUUGACAACAGGCACAGUUAAAGUAGCUUUGGAUUUUUUUGAUAUUGUUGAUGUUUUUCAUUUCUCUGUUAUGUAAUGUGUGUUGUGUUUUUUACUCAAAUUAUUUUAACACAGUGUUCAGUUUUUUUCACCCAUGUCUAUUUGAUGCUAUGAUCUCAGUUGUUCUCUAUAUCAGUGUUUUUUCAUGUGAUUUUUUAUUUGGUGGACUUUGUUAGCUCUUUUAUUAUUUUUCAUGUUUGGCCAUGGAAAUCAUAAAUUUAAAUUCAUUGCUAAUAAACCUAGUAAUUUAGCACUGUGUUGGGAAGUGAUAUGUCAUUUUAGCAUCACUGUAGUCCAGUAAAUUAAACUACGUGAGCCCAUUGUGCUGUGUAUUCUCAUUACCAUUGUAUUGAUUAUAGUUGAAUGAAAUUGAUGCUGAGGAGAACAUGUUUCACAACCUUAUUUACAACUGUGUUAAUAUAGCUAGUCUUUUCAUAUGCUGUAACUUUAUUUUCUUUCUCAUUAUGAAUAUUACCAAAAUUGUAUUUUGAAAUAUUUUGUAAUCAAGACAUAAAGUGUGUGUAUUUCAGCUAAACACAAAAAACAUCUAACUUUCAAUGUAUGUUGGUGAAUAAAACUUAAAUGUUAAUAGUAAUUAACUAAUUUUUUUCAACUUAAAACAAAUUUAAGAAUGUUUACAAAGUUACUGUGUUUUAUUGCAUAAUUGUCACCUAUUUUAUGCUAAAAUAAAGUUUUAAAAGUA